AUGGAGACUGAAGCUAGCAGUCCACGUUCCCCAAGAUCCAGCCCCAGCUCAGUGCUGAGCCUGGACGCCCACCUGGGCGUGGACACCCGCCUUUGGGUCAAAGUGUUCUUUACAGCUUUGUACUCGCUCAUCUUUGCUCUAGGCACCGCUGGCAAUGUGCUGUCCAUCCACGUGGUGCUGAAAACGCGUACUGGGCACCCAAGUCGCCUGCGGUACCAUGUGCUUAGCCUGGCGCUCUCCUCCCUGCUGCUGCUGCUGGUCAGUGUGCCUAUGGAGCUCUACAACUUCGUGUGGUUCCACUACCCCUGGGUCUUUGGCGACCUGGGCUGCCGCGGCUAUUACUUCAUGCGCGAGCUGUGCGCCUACGCCACGGUCCUCAGCGUGGCCUGCCUUAGCGCCGAGCGCUGCCUGGCCGUGUGCCAGCCGCUGCGCGCCCGCCGCCUGCUGACUCCGCGCAGGACCCGGAGCUUGCUCUUGCUGGUCUGGGCCGCCUCGCUUGGCCUUGCCCUGCCCAUGGCCAUCAUCAUGGGACAGAAGCAUGAGCUAGAGACCGAGAGCGGGGAGCCAGAGCCCGCCUCGCGAGUGUGCACGGUGCUGGUGAGCCGCACCACGCUCCAAGUCUUCAUCCAGGUGAAUGUUCUGGUGUCCUUUGUACUUCCCUUGGCUCUAACUGCUUUCCUGAAUGGGGUCACCGUGAACCACUUGAUGUCCCUCUGCUCCCAGGUGCCAUCCGCUUCCGCCCGAGACAAUUCUAGUCCCAGCCAUCUGGAACUGAUGGGCGAGGAAGGUGUCUCUGGCUUCAGCACUUGGAGGAAGAUGCUCUCCCUGAUGGGCCAGGCCAGUCCGGUGAGAUGCAAAGAAUCCAGCCGGAUCCAUGGCCUCCAGCGCAGCGUCCAGGUUCUCAGAGCCAUUGUAGCUGUGUAUGUCAUCUGCUGGCUGCCAUACCACACCCGGAGGCUCAUGUACUGCUACAUCACUGAUGAUGGGUGGACCAAGACACUCUAUGAUUUCUAUCACUACUUCUACAUGGUGACUAAUACGCUUUUCUAUGUCAGCUCGGCAGUGACCCCUGUCCUCUACAAUGCUGUGUCCUCCUCCUUCAGAAAACUCUUCCUGGAAGCACUCAGCUCCCUCUGUAGAGAGCACCAUGCCAUGGAGCCAUUACCCGUGGGUGCCCCAGAGCCCCACGCUAGUAGAUACAGCUUCAGGCUCUGGGGAUACCCCAGAAAUCCUGAUCUAGAUGAAAUACAAGAAUGA